AUGAAGAAAGACUGCGAGCAACACUUCCAAGCAACAAUCGAUCGUGACUCUAACGGUCGAUACAUAGCACAGUAUCUGAAGAAGACUGGUUUCCACGAGAAUAUCGGUGAUUCUGGGAACACGGCUUUGGGACGAUUCGAUCAACUGGAGAGGAGACCGGUCAUCCAGGACGAUUUGCUAGAUCUCAUGAUCCGAUUUCGCAAGCACACCGUAGCAUUGGUGGCGGAUGUGGCUAAAAUGUAUCGCCAAGUGUGUAUUCAUCCCCUCCAAUUUUUCGCCACGCGUUUACUAAAACAACUCGCAUCAGAUGUUGGUAGCAAAUAUGAGUAUGCUGGCACAGUGGUGCCGAAUGACUUUUAUAUGGAUGAUUUUCUCUCAGGAGCAGAUACGGUUGAGACGAAGAAGCUUAGAAAAGAUGUGCAGUCUCUCAUGGCUGAGGAAGAGUUCGAACUGCGGAAGUGGAGCUCGAAUUCUUCAGAUGUGUUGAGUGGCUUGCCUCCUGAUGCACUUGAGGAUCAAUCGACGCUUUAUCUUGAUGCAGAGCAGAAGGUGAAGACGCUAGGAGUGGCAUGGGAGACGGGAACGGACUGUUUACGCGUCGACAUACCUACACUAAGGGAGGAAGAGCACUGGACGAAGAGACUAAUCUUUUCAACGAUCGCUCAACUGUACGACCCUCUCGGAUUAGUUUCUCCGGUUGUGGCAUGGGCGAAAAUACAGAUGCAACAUCUUUGGUUGGUGUCUGUUGGCUGGGACGACAAGAUCCCAUACGAGAUUUGUGGAAACUGGAAGGAUUUCUAUGAGCAGCUUCCACUGCUGCAAAGCUUCAAGGUCCCACGUUGCGUUUUCGUCCCACAAUCAACAAAUUCCCACUUCCAUGUAUUCUGCGAUGCAUCGGAAGCCGGAUACGGGGCGUGCAUCUACGCGCGAUCUACCAAUGGGGAAGGUGAACACAUCUUGCAGCUAAUCGCUUCCAAAUCGCGGGUAGCACCAAUCAAACGGCUCAGUUUGCCACGUCUCGAGCUGUGA